UAUUAUUAUUAUUAUUAUACAUCCAUCUUUACAGACUUCCAGCAGAUUUCUUUGACAAUGGUAAAGGCACAUCAUCCACACCAAGGACAGCAACAUCUAGUACUUCAUCAUCACAGGUCAAGAGCAGGUCAAAUGAUGCCAUCGCAUCAGGGCUUCCAGCAGACUUUUUUGACAGCGGUGCUUCAUCAAAUAAUGUAGCAGGGGAACCUUCAGGUACAGAUGGUAAAGAAGACCAAGAUCAGGCCAAUAAGCCGAUGGCAGAGGUUCUUCCAGAAGGCUUCUUUGAUGAUCCUGUGAAGGAUGCGAAGGUACGGAAUGUAGAAGUGAGGAACACAAUGGAAGAGGAAUGGGAGAAAUUCCAGAAAGAGAUGCAAACACAGCAGCAGGUGUCAGAAAAUCUAGCAGAGGAAGACGAUGAGGCAGCACAGACAGAAAGAAACAUUGAUGAGAUAGAUGAACAAAUUCAAUGUUUCGCCAAAGUGGAGACACUAUGGGACAAGAAGGACGAGCUGAAAUCAAAGGCUGAAGACAGAGAGAGAAAACAGGAUGAGAACGAACUCAACGAGAGCGGAGAUGAGGCAGAGUUUGAUGAAUUCUUAAAUUGGAGAUCGAAAGGGGCGUAUAAAUGAGUCUUUUGAGACUUCUCUUGUGAUUAUUCCAAGGAACAAUGUUGUGAGCAUUGAAAUGUCUUACUUUGCAGUCUUGCAGAGGAAUACAAAACUGGCUAUGUUAUGAACACUGCAUUGAUGGUCAAGCAGAGGUCAUAUCAACACUCUUAAGCCCCACUGUACUGCUUGUAGCUACUUGCUCCC